UUAGAAUUUAAGUAUUGUUCUAUUCCAAUAGGGAAUAAAUUUAUUUUAAUUCCAUUAUUGCAUAAUUUAUUUUAUAAUUUUUCGUAGAAAAUGGACUUCUCAUUCUUGGUUGAGGAAGAAGAUAGAAUUGAUGCAAAUCAGCGAGAUGGAGGAGAAAUGCGCCGUUUCAGCAUCGCACAAGCUCACUCAGAGCGUAUGGCCACCCAACCCACAGUUAGCAGCAACGAAACAACAGAUACUGCAAUGGUACUGCAACAGAUAUUGGAGACCCUUGGUAGAAUGGAACUUCGACAAGAGACACUUUUAAAUCGCCUCACAACUGUGGAAAGUGCUCUUGCAGAGAAGAUGCCCGAACGUGCUGAGGUGCAGCACGCAAAAACCCACCGCAGUGUAAGCCGUAUAACUGGCGAUGUGGGGAGUGAGGAACAAAUUUUGUUGCAAAGCUUACUCCCUAUGUCGUCAGAGGAAACACUGAAGAAGAUGGAGGAGCACCUUAACCACAAGGCUCACGCUGACGCUAUGGCGGGCAUUAUUUUCAAAUUAAAAUCGACCAAGGGGACCAUAGAAAAAGUGUUGCAGUCACUGUUUAGCGACGAGUUGGUGUGGCUGUACAACUGCGAUGGAAAAGCAGGAAAGAAGGCGCUAAUAAAGUUAAAAAUAGUGGACCUCACUCUCGCUCAAAAUACUAUCUUCGGUUGGAUACUAAGUGGACUAGUUACUGAAACAGUUUCCACCAUGACAACUGAAGUUGAAGAAAUAUCCAACGAAUGUCUUAAUUCACAAUUAAGGAAAUUUUGGGAGUUAGAAGAGCUCCCCCCAUUUCGGUUACAACACGAGAAGAUCAGUAUUGUGAAGACUUUUACAAAGCCACAAUUACUCGAUCAGAUAAUGGUCGGUAUGUCGUACGACUACCACUAA